AUGGGCGGGUUGAGAGUUCAAAAGGAGAAGAAAUGGACCCCGGCUGAGCAGCGUCUCUCGUUGCCUCCCCAUCCUAUCGAGCGAUUUGCCCACCUGGUACAACAGAACCCUUCCCUCGCGGACGUAGGACGCGAGUUGGAGAUAGAAAACAUGCGGCAGUACAACGUCGACGAUGGUUAUACGGUGCUGGAUCACCUGGACCAAGUCUACACCCUUACAUUCGGAUUCACCGACGACACUCGCGAUACUGUGCCCCAAGUGUCCUGGGAUACCAUAUCGUCAGGCCUCCAGUCAUCGUUUCUAUCGUUCAUGCGGCGGAAUUUCAUCACCACCCUCUCACUCUUUGGACUUCACAACCUCACUCGCGAGUUCUUCCGAGCAUGCUCGCUCCUGGGGAAACCCGCUGUGCUCAAUGUAGGAGCGAGCAAGUAUAUCUCACCCGGCGCCAUCAAGGCCUCCGUCAAGUUGCGGAAGCUAGAUCUGGACGCCAAUUCAAUCGGCUUUGCUGAAGAUUUCAUUCUCCAAACCACUGCGAACAUAAUCGAUAUCUCAGAGGUUUCAACCCUGAAGAUUGACUUUGGGGAACACGGCCAUGACCACGUCUUCACUUGCAUCCUGACGUUGCCAAAGAAGCUCGAAUUUCUUGAGUUGCAUCUAAUCAAGGACUUCUCACAGUGGACAUGUCGGAACAACGUCCUCAGCCAGCUUCCUCCCUCUUCUCUGAACACUCUCCAAGACAUCAGAUUGACGAUGGUGGUUGAAGAUACCCCAGAGUUUCCGCCCGACCUCAACUUGGAUCCCAUCAAGUGGAAGGAACUUGAUGAUAUACUUUCAUCCGGCUUCCCAUCCCUUCGGAUGCUGGGGAUCUGUUUAAAUGUAGCUAUCUUUGAUAGCGACAGGCCCUUCGAAGAAGCUGCAGAGAAGCAAGCACAGUUGGAUCAGAUUUUCGAGGAAUGUUUCGAUUGGUCGAAAGAAAACCUCAACUUGAAGACGAUUGCCAAAUGUCGAGUCAUCUGA